CAACUUGGCCAAACAAGUUGCGGCGCAUAUGCCUAUCUUUGCUGACCUGCCGGAUGCUCAAAACAACCGGCUGUGUUUGACUUUGGCAAUAUUGGAUUAUAUGAGAGAGAAGGGAGUGGCAACAAAAAACGACCGUGUAUUGAGAAUCCAGGAUUAUGAAUGUUUUUAUUCAAGGCGUACAGAAGAAGGGUAUCGUAAAAUUCGCCAGGCUAUUUUUGUAGGCCCCAUUUGUGGGGAGUUUAGUAUGUAUAAGGGAAUCCAAACCCACAAGAAAGAAAAUGGGAUUUACAAAGGUGUGGAUGCAAAAGGAAAACUACAUGAAAGAAUCGGGCUCCAUGCGGUGUCUAUGGUAGGUUAUGGGGACAAAGCGGCAGAUAAAUAUUUUGAGGGAAAAAACAGCUGGAGUGACGGUUGGUGUGAUGGAGGCUAUGCAGAAAUGGAUCCAUCACUUUUUGGGAGGAUUGGAAUUCCAAUAGGGGUAUCUUUAGAGGUAAAUAUGCACUAAAAACUGUAAGCAUGCAUGCAGUACACUAAUAACUAGUGAAUAUGCACUAAAAACUGUAUGCAUGCAGUGAAUAUACACUAAUAACUAGUGAACUAAC